AUGUUGUGGACAAAGAAUGCUGCCAUUGCUAGUAUUUUCUUUUCGACUCUAGUUAUUGCUGUUAUCGCAUAUCAAAUAUAUGCACUCCUCAAUUCUGUCAUUCUAGCAAAACAAAAGUUGGCUGCACAUAUCGACGAAUUCAAUCUUAUGCAGAACGAAAUUUGGGCCGAUCUGUUGCAAAUACGAGCUAAAGAAGGACCUAAAAGUCGAAUUACUAGACAAAUAGCUCCUGGAUGCAAUUGCAAAACAACUGGCCGUUGUCCUCCUGGUCCGAGUGGACGACCUGGGGCAGAUGGUAGAGAUGGAACACCAGGUACACCAGGGCUAGCAGGGCCACCGGGUUUGCCAGGAAUUGCACUACCUGUAGAGGCAAGAGACCUAGAGUCUUGCCGCGUCUGCCCACCUGGACCACCUGGCUAUCCUGGUUAUCCAGGCGUCCCUGGACCGCCUGGUCAUGAGGGAAUGCCUGGCCCUGACGGACUGGUGGGUCAUCUUGGCCAAAUUGGACCAAUCGGAAACCCAGGAGACAAUGGCGAACCAGGGCCAGUCGGCCAGGAUGGAUUGGCAGGACCACCAGGGAGAGAUGGCGUUCGUGGGCUUCCCGGCCCACCUGGCGAGCCUGGCCCACGUGGUCCUAUUGGACCUAAAGGUUUCAAAGGGCCUCCUGGGAAUCCUGGAAAUAAUGGACAACCAGGACCCAAUGGGCCACCUGGAGAAGCUGGUCAAGAAGGUCAAAAAGGAUAUCCUGGAACACCUGGCACUCUUGGUUUUGCUGGAAAUCCCGGUGAAGAUGCUGGCUAUUGCCCCUGUCCAAAGCGACAACGACGCACGCACGCGAACAAGCUUAGUUAA